CCGGCGGUCGAACAAAGAUACGCCUGUUGGACUUUCUUACGAGUCACACUUGACAACAAUGAUCCCAGGCUAUAUGCUGAGUAUGUCGAAUCAAGCAUCAUGAUGGCCGCAACUGGAAGAAUCCCGGCCGAGGAGCCUCCAGUUGCCGACUCCGCCCCGGCGCCGAAACGGCGAAAGCUGCGCAAGGGGACGCAGAGCUGUUGGGAAUGCAAACGACGCAAAGCCCGCUGUACAUUCUCGCCCUCCACGCAGAACAUCUGUGAUGGCUGUAAGCGUCGCGGAAGUGAUUGUGUCAGUCAAGAUGUCGCUGAUCUGCCUCCACCUCCUGGCAGCAACAAGCACAUCGUAGACAGACUUGGCCAAGUUGAGGCGCUGGUGAGGCAGUUGAUAAAAUCAGGGACCGAAAGCGAGCACCGCAUUCAAGAUCGACCGGUCUCUCCAGCUGGAUCUCAUAGCCGGAUCUGGGAUGAAAGGAUCGCGCCUAGGCGAUCCGCUUCCCCCGCCGUUCUCUCAACCGCAACCUCUCAACCCCAUUGCUCAGAAUCUCGAAAUCAUGAUGCUCGAGCUGAAAAAACGGUGGUACGUGAAACACAAACUCAAAGGAGCGUCUCGCCUGUGCGCCUCGUAGCGGAGCGACUAGCACAUCCAACUCUCGCUGCAUCGUCCACACAAGCAGACGAAAUCAUCUCCACGCAGCUUUUCGCUGCAUGGCCAAGUCCGGAAGACAUGGCCAUCAUCUUGGCGAUUCCGGUGGAAACUUCGCAAAUCAUUCGAGCUGUCAUAUGCACUAGGACAAGCCCAAACCCAUCCACCCUUCCGCUCUCCGCGGCUUUACUACAACUACCGCCCACUGGGUCACAUCCGGUGCUCAUCGCGAGGAGUCUAUUGAUAUUAGCCUCGUUCCUCCAGGGUAUGCCAUAUUCCGCGGCCCAUCACCUAGAGAAGCUCAGCACCAGCUGGCACAACAUGAUGUCACGAGCGGUAAAGACGGCCCACGACUUGGUCACAUGCAAGGAUGAUCUAGUUGAUUCUCUGGAAGGCCUUGAAUGCAUCAUGCUGGAGGGCCUCUAUGAGAACUACGCUGGCAAUCUGCGUGUUUCAUGGCUCGCCGCACGCCGGGGAGUCGCAAUUGCGCAGAUGCUCGGCCUCAGUCGGGGCAUCAAGCCGCGCUCCCUCGUCGGCUCGAUCAUUGAACCGAAUGAUCUCUGGUUCCGUCUCGUACAGUUCGAUCGCUACCUCUCCCUCAUGUUGGGCUUGCCGCAGAGCGCACUCGAGGACGUCUACGCUCGCCCAGAUACAUUGGAAGGAUGUCUUCCACUAGAUCGGUUUCUUCGCCUCUGCACUGUCGCUUGCGGACGCUUACUGCAACGGGAUCCUUCGGAGGUAUUUGACUACGAAAAGGCCCAAACUAUUGACAAGUUACUGCAAGAAGCCUCAACCGUAAUGCCAGCACAGUGGUGGGUCGCUCCGACCCUCGGCUCGGAGAAGGGCCAUCUGGAGAAGAUUCGGGAAACGUUACGGUUCAACGACCACUUUAUGUACUAUCAUCUCCUUCUCCAGCUCCAUUUCCCCAACAUCUUACACCCAAUAUCAGAGCACGACAGAGCGACAGCCGUGACGGCAAGCCGAGAGAUCCUUUCUAGAUUCUUGUCCUUUCGCGCGACUAGACCGGCGCGAUUCUAUUGCCGAGGUGUUGACCUCAUAGCAUUUCUAUCGUGUACCUCAUUGUGUCUAGCGCACAUUUGCAACGCCCCUCAAGAUACGACGGACGGAAGGAGUUCCUACUUCUCUGCACAUCAACGCCUCAGCGAUCGGGGCAUGGUGGAGCAGGCUCUGGUCGUGAUGCAGAAACUUGUGGAUCAGUAUAACGAUGAGAUCGCUACGAGAGUCGCUACACUUCUCAAACAUCUCUUGCGCAUCCAAAACGACAUAACAUUGGGAGUGAGAUACAAGGUCGCGUUUUCGCCAGAAACAUUCCUGGAUGACGAUCUUGGGUACCGAGUGAAGCUGACGGAUCAAGACACUGUCCUCAACAUCUGUCUACCGCACUUUUGGGUCAUCAGGAUUGAACGGUUGUCUAAUGGGACGUUGAUACCGACCGGAUCGAAUUCGCAACCUCUGUACCAUAGUCGUCUCCAAGAUGAGCGCCCAUGCUCAACCGGAAGUCAAGACGCCGUCGUUCCGCUUCCUGGAGAUAAGGAACUGCAGGAUCUGGUACAGUACCCAUGUGAGGAAAGUUGGGCACUGAAUAAUUUGGAUUUCACGUUCUUGGACAACUACAUGGGGGGUAGCUUGGGUACGGGCACCGAGAUUGCUUAG